UGACCAAUGGAUCCUUCAUCAACCAGCCAGAAGUGAAGACAAAGGCUUCAAAGAGAGAAUGUUUAAAUUUCAUCAAAUGAAACAUAUUUUUGAAAUACUUGAUAAAAUGAGAUGCCUGCGAAAACGUUCUACAGUGUCAUUCUUGGGAGUUCUUGUCAUUUUCCUCCUAUUUAUGAACUUAUACAUUGAAGAUAGCUAUGUUCUGGAAGGGGACAAACAACUUAUAAGGGAAACAUCCACACAUCAACUGAAUUCAGAACGCUAUGUUCAUACUUUCAAGGAUUUAUCUAAUUUCUCAGGAGCCAUAAAUGUCACCUAUCGCUACCUAGCUGCCACACCUUUACAAAGAAAGCGUUAUCUUACAAUUGGACUUUCUUCGGUAAAACGAAAAAAAGGAAACUAUUUACUUGAGACAAUCAAGUCCAUUUUUGAGCAAUCCAGCUAUGAAGAACUGAAGGAAAUUUCAGUGGUGGUUCAUCUAGCUGACUUUAAUUCUUCCUGGCGUGAUGUCAUGGUUCAGGAUAUUACACAGAAAUUUGCCCACCACAUUAUUGCAGGAAGAUUAAUGGUUAUACAUGCUCCAGAGGAUUAUUACCCAAUCCUGGAUGGUCUCAAAAGAAAUUACAAUGAUCCAGAAGACAGAGUCAAAUUUCGCUCCAAGCAAAAUGUAGAUUAUGCUUUUCUGCUUAAUUUUUGUGCCAAUACUUCAGACUAUUAUGUCAUGCUUGAAGAUGAUGUUCGAUGUUCAAAAAAUUUCUUAACUGCCAUCAAGAAAGUCAUUGCAUCGUUAGAAGGAACUUACUGGGUCACUCUUGAGUUCUCUAAGCUUGGCUAUAUUGGUAAACUCUAUCAUUCUCAUGAUCUCCCACGUUUGGCCCAUUUUUUAUUAAUGUUUUAUCAAGAAAUGCCUUGCGAUUGGCUGUUGACACAUUUUCGGGGUCUGUUGGCUCAGAAAAACGUGAUUCGUUUUAAACCAUCCCUCUUUCAACACAUGGGUUAUUAUUCAUCAUAUAAAGGGACUGAGAAUAAGCUGAAAGAUGAUGAUUUUGAAGAGGAAUCUUUUGACAUUCCUGAUAACCCUCCUGCAAGUUUAUACACCAAUAUGAAUGUGUUUGAAAAUUAUGAAGCAAGCAAGGCUUACAGUAGUGUUGACGAGUACUUUUGGGGGAAACCACCUUCUAUAGGAGAUGUCUUUGUAAUUGUAUUUGAAAAUCCAGUUGUCAUAAAAAAAAUUAAAGUGAAUACUGGAACAGAAGAUAGACAAAAUGACAUUUUGCAUCAUGGAGUCCUAGAUGUUGGAGAAAAUGUUACGCCUGUCAAACAAAGGAGACAAUGUUCUACAUACUUAAGACUAGGGGAAUUCAAAAAUGGAAACUUUGAAAUGUCAGGAGUGAAUCAAAAAAUUCCAUUUGAUAUACAAUGUAUGAGGAUAUAUGUUACCAAAACACAAAAGGAAUGGCUGAUUAUUAGGAGUAUUAGCAUUUGGACUUCUUAGAUAAUUAAAUCAAUAUGUUCAGUUACUGAA